AUGACUGGUCGCAAGCGACCCGCGUCGUCGAUUGCUGUGCCAGCGAGCUUCAAGUUCAACUUGGAGCUAGGGGCGCGCGCGGGGGCCGGUGUCAUUGUGGCGUCGAUCUUUCAGACCGCGUACACGGGCCCGGCAAAUGGCGAUGCGGCGUACCCCCAGCUCUACUACUUCUUCCCGUCCUGGUACAUUCUGGGCGGCGUGAGCUACAUUGCGAUCGCGAUGAUCUUCUCGCUCGGCACCAACGUGGGGUCGACGAUCCGCGAGACGUUCCAAGAGACGCUCGGCGUGGUCAUUGCAUUUGUGUUCAACAUUGUCGUCUUUGCGUGCUUUACGCCGCGCGUGUACCACUCGGCCGACGACGUCGCAAACAGUCUGGUUGACGGCACGCUCGUGCGGAUCGAGCACGCGUUUAACGGCAUCCCCUACUACGUGACGCCGGCUGAUUUUUACACCAUGCUGCCGUGCAUCAUUCUGUUUACGAUUGCGAUCGUCAUGACGCCACUGGAAACCAUCACCAAGAAGCUUGCAGUCGGCAACAACAUCUACUUUGCGUUGACGCUCAUCAACCCCAACAACCCGAAUGACAACGCGCACCUCAAGCCCUACAACGACCCGAUGCUCGCCACGUCCAACAUCUUUCGAAACCUGUUCGUGUACCUGCUACUCGGCGUCCUUGGCGGCCUCAUUGCGCUCGUCGUGAUGCUGCUCCCUUACCCCAUCUUUGCGAUCCGCCGACUGCGCGCCGAGAUUCAGUCGGCGACCACGGUCCUCGCCGAGCUUCUGCAUUUGAUGGUUGACGCCUACUGCUUUCGGCGCCAGACAAGCCAGCACACGACCCGCGUUGCCUUUGAAGUCAGUCGAAGAUUGGCCGACGCCGAAGCCAAGCAGGCGCGCAUGGAGGCGCUGCUUGACGACGUGUGGUGGGAGCAGAGCGUCGGCCUGCACUUUCUCUUCCCGAUCCGAACAUCGAUUAUCAAGCCGUUUCUGGGCCUCUACGCGAAUCUCCUCGACGACCUCCGUGCUAUGAGCGACGCUGUGCAAAAUGGACGCCACGGCACCUUCCAUUCUCUGGUCGUAUCGCACGUGCCUAAGGACGUCUACCUCGUUCAGACGAAAUCCGUGCGGGCGCUUGACGCGAUCGCAUCCGACAUUCUGGGCAAUGCCCGAGUGCUGUCGACGGACGCGGUGGACGAGGUGCGGACGGCCAUGACGGCGCUCUUGCAAGCGGCGCAUGCAGCCCACGUGGAGUGCUGCGAGGCCGCCACGUCAAGCGACAUUGAGGACGCGAUGACGUGCUACCUUUUUCUUUUUGCGCUCGAGUCGUACUGCGAGACGCUCUGCACCUUUCCACGCGCGUUUAACCAGCUCCAGCACAACACCGGACUCCGUGCGUGGAAGUUUCUACAGCGCUGGUGCCGUCGCAUGCUCGACCCGACGCAGUACACCAAGCAGAACUUCCAGAUCGGUAUCAAGGUCGCUUGCGCUGUCGUGUCGGGCAGUGUCUUUGCCGUGUACGUCUUUGGGUUCUCGCCGACGGCAGCGUCGGCGCUCGCCUACCUCUGGGGCAGUCACGUUGGGGGCUCGUUCAGUCGGACGGCCAACCGCGUCGGGGGCGCCGUCGCCGGCAGCAUUGUGCCGUCCGUGUGCCUCUUCCUCAUUUGCAGCUACGGGUGCACUUCGUCGACGACGGCCACGAUUCUGCUCGAUAGCGUCAUGUUUGUGUGGGUGACCAUGUCCAUGUACAUUAGCCUCCAAAACCAUGCGUGGUCCUAUGCAGGGUUUGUCUCGGCGUACGUCUCCAGCGGCGUCUUCCUCAACGGCUGCAGCUGCGGUGCGACUAUUGUUGCGCCCAUCUCGUCCUACGCCAAUUUGGCCCAAGUGUCGCUUGGCAUCGUCUUCUUCAUCCUCAUCGAAUGGCUCCUCUUUCCGCAAAGUGCGACGGCGCUUCUUCGCAGCAACAUCUUGACGCAAUUGCAGCUGCUCCAAACAGCCUUCCACACGCUCUUCGAGGGCACCGUGGCAGCCAAUGGGGACGUCCCAACGCUCGUGACCAUCGAAGAGAUCGUGAUGAAAACGCUGCCAUCGCUCCUUCUUGCUACACCGGGUCUGCUCACCGAGGCGCAGUACGAGCCACGGCUUUGGCGCCCUCCGUUUCCAAUCACCAAGUUUGCGGCCGUCUGUGACGGCGUGAAGCGACUCCAGCACCAUACGCGCGUCAUGUUCAAGCUCGCAAAAUGGUUCCAGCGCCGUCGCCACUCGGUGCAGCGACGGCUCUCGGUGGACGCCAGCGACUUGCGCCGGCGGUCGACGGUCAUGCAGCGCGCGUCCGCGCCGCCGACGAUGGCGUGGACGUUCUCGACGACCGAGCUCGGCGCUGCCAUCCACGAUACGUUCGCGUCGCUGGAAACCGUCUUCGGCGAUGCCUUUGCGUUGGCCGACGCGGAUCGGGUCGCGCACUUUUUGCAGAUGAAAGAGGCGUUCCGGCGCGCCGAUGUCGACGGCAACGGCGUCCUUGAUGUGGCCGAAGUCGAGCGCGUCCUCCGUGCGCUCUGGGGCCACGACGCGGUGCAGCUCGACGAUCUCGUGCGAUCGUUUAUGGCCCUUGUGGACAAGGACAAGAGCGGCGCGGUGUCGUGCCAAGAGUUUAUGGAUGCAAUCGACGACGGCCUCGUGCUGCGGGGUCCGUCUCGGCCGAGUCUGCACCCGCAAGAGCUCGUCGACCUCGACGACGUCGCUCUCACGGAUACGGCGCAGAGUAUGCGAACGGCGUACACGGCAUGGCUCUUGCAAGACCGGCGGUUUGAAAUGGUUUCGAUGGACGAGCUGCUCUUGCUCAACGGUCUCAUGGGGUGCGUCAGCGGGAUCGCCGUCGAGCUGCAGCGCCUUGCCGAUGUCUCGGCCCAGUAGUCCAACUCCAAUAUUUAUAUAUUCUCAAUAGACGGUUGCUCAG